CCCGCGGCUCAGUCGCUCAGUCAGUCUCAGGCUGUCCGGCCAGGGUGGCUGGUGCUGUGGAUUCAGCCUCCGUCCUAAGAGGCCGUGGCCUGAGGCUCGGGGCCCCUCAGCCCCUCCCUCCCGGUCCACCAGCGCCACCCCCCCCAGCCCCGAGCUGGACCGCACACCUUGGGACUCGGUUUUCCACUUCCUGAGGACGAGCCCCAGGCUGGAGGAGAGGUCCGAGGAGGUGGGCGUUGGGCUCUUUGCGAGGACCCCCGCGGCGGGCCCGGGGGAGGCGGCCGAGGCGGCGGCGGCCGGGGGCGACAUGGCGGAGGAGCAGGACCUGUCGGAGGUGGAGCUGAGCCCGGUGGGCUCCGAAGAGCCCCGCUGCCUGUCCCCAGGGAGCGCGCCCUCGCUGGGGCCCGACGGCGGCGGCGGCGGCGGCGGCGGCUCCGGCCUGCGAGCCAGCCCGGGGCCGGGCGAGCUGGGCAAGGUGAAGAAGGAGCAGCAGGCCGGCGAGGCGGACGACGACAAGUUCCCCGUGUGCAUCCGCGAGGCCGUCAGCCAGGUGCUCAGCGGCUACGACUGGACGCUGGUGCCCAUGCCGGUGCGCGUCAACGGCGCCAGCAAGAGCAAGCCACACGUCAAGCGGCCCAUGAACGCCUUCAUGGUGUGGGCGCAGGCGGCGCGCCGGAAGCUGGCCGACCAGUACCCGCACCUGCACAACGCCGAGCUCAGCAAGACGCUGGGCAAGCUCUGGAGGCUGCUGAAUGAGAGUGACAAGCGCCCCUUCAUUGAGGAGGCAGAGAGGCUCCGGAUGCAGCACAAGAAAGACCACCCGGACUACAAGUACCAGCCCCGGAGGCGGAAGAACGGGAAGGCAGCACAAGGGGAGGCCGAGUGCCCGGGCGGGGAGGCCGAGCAGGGUGGAGCUGCUGCCAUCCAGGCCCAUUAUAAGAGCGCCCACCUAGACCACCGGCACCCGGGAGAGGGCUCCCCAAUGUCGGAUGGGAACCCUGAGCACCCUUCAGGCCAGAGCCAUGGCCCACCCACCCCUCCAACCACCCCAAAGACAGAGCUGCAGUCGGGCAAGGCAGACCCCAAGCGGGAUGGGCGCUCCAUGGGGGAGGGCGGGAAGCCUCACAUCGACUUUGGCAACGUGGACAUCGGUGAGAUCAGCCACGAGGUAAUGUCCAACAUGGAGACCUUUGACGUGGCUGAGUUGGACCAGUACCUGCCGCCCAAUGGGCACCCAGGCCACGUGGGUAGCUACUCAGCAGCUGGCUAUGGGCUGGGCAGCGCCCUGGCCGUAGCCAGUGGACACUCCGCCUGGAUCUCCAAGCCACCAGGUGUGGCUCUGCCCGCAGUCUCGCCUCCUGGUGUGGAUGCCAAAGCCCAGGUGAAGACAGAGACCGCAGGGCCCCCAGGGCCCCCGCACUACAGCGACCAGCCGUCCACCUCGCAGAUCGCCUACACCUCCCUCAGCCUGCCCCACUACGGCUCCGCCUUCCCCUCCAUCUCCCGCCCCCAGUUUGACUACUCUGACCAUCAGCCCUCAGGACCCUACUAUGGCCAUUCCAGCCAGGCCUCUGGUCUCUACUCGGCCUUCUCCUACAUGGGGCCCUCGCAGCGGCCUCUCUACACGGCCAUCUCUGACCCCAGCCCCUCAGGGCCCCAGUCCCACAGCCCCACACACUGGGAGCAGCCAGUAUAUACGACGCUGUCCCGGCCUUAA